AUGAUUGACGGAGGAUCCUCAUCCGACUCCUCCGGCGACUCCCCGCCACACAUGACAGGCGAAGACGAUGUCCUUGCGAUGGAGAGCACGGGGCCGGACUCGUUCAUCUCCCAAGGCUCAGGGUUCACCAAGGACAGGGACGUCUUCCAGGCGUCGGUGAAGCGGUACGGGCGGCCGGGGCAAUUCGGCGGUGGGGAGGGUGCGCGCGAGCCAAAGGCGCGUCGCAAGGACCCCCGCGGCGGCCAGGGGUCCAGCCUGUGGGACGCGAUGGGCUCCGGGCCCCAGGUGCGUCUGGCGAAGGACGAGCUCGUGGACACGUCGCUGGUUGAGCAGCUCCGGAACCAAUUCGGAGACCCGUUCGAUGACGCCAUGUUGAAGAAAUAUGCGGGCACGGGGCCCUAG